AUGGCCCUGCCUUUACAACUGGGUUCAGCUUAUGUGGCUGGUAACGCAGAUUAUCCAAAUUUCAGCUGCGGAGCAACAAUGGGAGAAUUCCCCGAUGUGGACUAUGAUACUAUGGUGAAUGUCUACCUUUGUGGGAUAUUAGAAGGAAGAUAUUGGGCUCAAGAUUUAUUCACUGGAAAAACAUCAAAACAGAAAUCAACUGCUACCCAAACUUCAGGUCAAUCUUCAUUGGGAUCUUCAACUACAACUGAAAUAUUAGAAACGAAUUCACAAGGUACAUUAACUUCAACUGCUCAAUUUCCUGAAUAUACAUUAGCUCCAGGUCAAUUUGAAGCAUUAAACUUCAGAUGUGGUCCCAAUUUUGGUUAUGGUGGUAUGUCUGUGGAUAAUACUACCAUCAGUAACACUUAUUAUUGUGGAAUUCUGGAAGGUCAAUACGAAAUAUUAGGUUAUGUUCCAAAUCAUGUUUCAAAUGCUACUAAAAACAUGUCAAAUAUAAGUAAAUUUGCAUGGGUAUUGAUAUUCGCAAGUAUUUUAUAUCUGAUUGUUUCUAUCCCAAUUUAA